CAUCCUCCCUCCCCUCCACACACGCGCGCGCAACACACAAUCCCCCGUUCGCGCCAUGCAGCAGCAGCAGCAGGAGGCUGCGUGGAGCCUCCUCGCCCUGCUGCCGUACUGCCCCUGGCAGGCAGCGCAACCGGACCCAGCGCUGGCGGCCACAGCAGCAGCGGUGAACGGCAGCGGCGGCGGCGGCGGCGACCCGGCCACACCGUGGCUCCUCUCCUCGGGCUCGCUGCGCGACAUCGCGGGGGGCGUCCUCGACGUCGCCUACGGGGGGGUCAACCCGGACAUCGCGGGCAACGGGGGCGCCGCGUGCGUCGCCUUCCUGAGCCCCGGCCAGAAGAUCGCGGAGAGCGCCCUCGUGCUCGGCGUGUCCCUGGCCGAGAUGUGGGUGUCGUGGGGGAGGGUGAGGCUGUGCCUGGGAGACCUGGGGCAGCGAGGAGACGCGCCGCACCCACGAAGAGCGGCAGCGACAGCAGCGGGAGGAGGAGGAGAGGGAAUCGUAUCGGCAGGGAGGGGGGCCCUGCUAGGUGGAGAUGGAGCGAAGAGGAGGAGGACUCCUCGCUGCCACGGGAGCUUGGCCCGCAGCCUCCUCCUCACCGCGCUGUGUCUCACCUUCGGCAUCGAGGUCGGGUUCAAGUUCGCCACCAGGACCCUGAUCUUCCUGCUCAACCCGUGCCACGUAGUCACGGCCAUACAGAUCGCACUUUUGGCGCUGCCGCCAUGCAAGACGACCGUCGUGCUGUUCAGACUGCACCUGCACAUGCUGAACGGGGCGAUCCUGGCGCUGCUCUUCCCCGUGGUCAACACGCGCCUGCUGCCGUUUGAGACGGAGAUCUACUACAUCCAGCACAUCAUGAUGUACAUCGUGCCCCUCUAUCUGCUUCGCUCGGGAGGGGGGGCGUACGCGCCGGAGCCGCUGGGGGACCCGUGGUGGGCGCUGCUCGCCACAGGCCUCCUCUUCUUCUACCACUUCACCGUGCUCCAGGCGCUCGCCCUGCUGACGCAGGUGAAUCUCAACAACAUGCUGUGCCCGGCCGUGUCCGACCCAUUCUAUGGCCGCUGGUACCGCCUGUGCGCGCUCUUCCACCAAACGGCGCUCGUCCUGCUGCACGGCAAGGCCGUCACCGUGGCCUCCAGGGCCUUGGAGCCGGCGCUCCGCGCGGCCUCCGCCGUCUUCCGACCGCCGACCAAAAAGAUGGACUGAUUCGACGUGCGUGCGACGUGCGUGCGCGUUCGCGGGGAGCGGAGGCGCAGUUGCGGGCGCGCUGCGCUACGAAGCCGGCGUCGCCCGAGUUCGAUUCCCGGCCAUGACCUAUAACGACGGUGAUUAUCUGAAACUGCCACGGACCCCUCCUCUAGGUCGACUCGGCCUUAAACGUGAGUUCCUUGUCGCGGCUGUGUAAACGUCGGUAUGGGAGGAGCUCGCCAACAGCACUCGCCCCAGCAGCCCGUUCAGGUUAUGGGGUGGGGCGAGGGGGGUUUGGGGGGGGGGACAUUUUGCCUUGGCCGUGUCGCACGCCGCGCUACGAUCCCGGCACACGCAGCGCAACAACUGGCCCGCUAAAAACACACGGCCAAUGCACUCGCCCGCACACGUACACACACAUACACACAGAGACAAAGAUCCCCCAUAUAGCCUUAACAGACUGUAGGGACAAAUGCUGUUACGAGCACCUAUGAAG